AUGGCGAGCAAGAUCUGCACCGUAAGAGCAUCUGAUCCGUCCAUCGAGCAGCGAUUCAACAUGCUCACUGGCGGGGUUGGUCUGGGAAUGGCUGCGGAACUACUCGGCGGCGGAAAACCGUCAGGCGGAAGGAAAAGCGCAGGCGCAGCGGAUAAAGCUUCCCGCGGCGGCACGAGCGGCGCGAUAUGCGGCGGCAUUCAACCAGGCAUCAUAAUCAGCGGGAAAGGUAGCGGCGCGGUGAACAGUAUGAGUACCCUGCGGUCCGCAUUGGAAGCGGUGGUAGAGGAGAGCGGCUCGGAGACCGACAGCUCCGCGUCGCACGGAUGGGAGGAGCUGGAGCGAACGUGCGCUGCGAUGGAUUCGAACAACGUGCAGAUCGACUGCAUUGAUCUUACCAACAUGCUGGAAGAAGGCGUCGCGCUCGCUGACAGCGAUGCUAGCAAUAGCGAGGACGACAAUAACGAGAAUAGAUGCGACAGCGACGACGAAUCGACGAACGCCGACAAAUGCACCCCGCAUUUCUCCGCCGCCGCCCCCGCCUCCCGCCCCGCCGCCCGCCCCGCCUCUCGCCUGAGCCACACAUUUUCCCCCAUCAAUCGCCUUCACGUGACAGCAGCGGCGGAGAGUCCUCCGCCAAAUCUGCACCGGCGGAGCUCUUUCUCCGGCGCGUCCGAAUCGAACCGCCUCGGAAAUGCCAACGAAAGCAACCACGCGGACUCCGCGGCGCGGAAUAGCCACGGCGGAAAGUACGUCUACAGCGGAAAAUACUACAGCAGAAGCCACAGCCUGGCUCAGUGCCACUCUGACGGCUCGCCUCGUCUCCCGGGAAGCCCCGCUGAAUGCGGGUCUGAAGGAUACGGCCCCCACAGCGGCCCCCUCAGCGCCUCCCACAGCGGCCCUCUCAGCGGCGCCCCCCACAGCGGCGGAAGUCCCUUUUGCGGCGCCCCCCAGAGCGAAAGCCCCCACAGCGGCCCCUUGCGGCACGGGUUCGGAUCGUCGAGUAGCCUGAACAGCAGCCACAACGGGAGCCCCCAGAGCAUCCGUCCCAACAGCGGAAGCCCCGUUUGCGGCGCCCCCCGGAGCGAAUGUCUCCCUAGCGGGCCCCACACGGACCAACACAGCGGCCCGUUGCGGCACGGCGACUUCAAGCCAUCGCCAUGCCAUGUGCUCCUGCGGCAGAGCAGUGCGGGAGACGUGUCACACACGCCUACUAGUGUGACUGUCUCAUCUGCAGCAGCGCGCCUCCGUCCCACCAGCAGUGGGGAAUCAGGUGCGACUGGGGAAGGUCGACCUGAGAAUGCUGUUCAAAAUAAUCGGUCAACUGUUGCUCCUCCAUCCCUGCAGCGCCCGUCCGUCCCAACAGCAGUUGGAAAUUCUGCUGCUGCUGGCGGUUUUAAACCCGGAGGGGUGACGGUGUUGGUAAAGAAAGGGGCUAACCCUGCUGCUAUAGAGGCGUAUUUAAAGCUCAAGGCUCAACGAGGAAGAUAA